AUGACAGUUCCCACCGACGGGGGCGAGGCCAUGCUGCCUUCCAAAAUCCCUUUCUGGCGCCUGGUCUUCGAUCAAAAGGUCGUCACCGAGGAAGUCAUGCAAUUUCCAUAUACAGGCUCAGGCACUGAAGAUGAUCCAUAUGCCGUGGUCUGGAUCCCUGCCGACCCACGCAAUCCCAUGAAUUUCCCUCCGAUCAGGAAGUGGUCUAUCACAAUCCUGGUAUCAUUCGUGACUCUCGCAGUGUCAUUGGUCUCAUCCGCAUUCUCAGGCGGAAUGAGCCAGAUCAUGAAGGACUUUGGUGCUGCCCAGGAAAUUGUUAUUCUAGGAGUGUCGCUCUUCGUGCUUGGUUUUGCUAUCGGACCGUUGAUCUGGGCACCCCUUAGUGAGAUCUUCGGUCGGAGACAUAUCUUUACCAUCUCUUUUAUGUUCCUGACUGCUUUCAAUGCCGGUGCGGCUGGUGCAAAGAACAUUGAAACACUCAUUAUAUUGCGUUUCCUGGCUGGUUCCUUUGGAUCUUCGCCCUUUGGAAAUGGAGGCGGCACUAUUGCAGACAUGUUCCCGGCCUCUCAGCGUGGGAUCGCGAUUAGUCUUUUUGCUGCUGCUCCUUUCUUGGGACCGACCCUAGGCCCUGUGAUUGGAGGGUUCCUCGCUACCGCUGCUGGCUGGAGGUGGGUAGAGGGACUCUUGGCUGCGUUCUCGGGUGCGCUUUGGCUAUGUAUCAUUUUCUUGUUGCCAGAGACAUAUGCGCCUGUCCUUCUACGCCGUCGCGCAGAAAAGAUGUCUGCCUUGACUGGCAAAGUCUAUCGUAGUCAAUCUGACAUCGACCGUGGCCCGGCCCCUUUGGGUAAGACGUUGAAGACCGCGCUUUCCCGUCCAUGGAUCCUGCUAUCUUGUGAGCCAAUUGUGCUGCUUUUCUCUAUUUAUAUGGCAAUCAUUUACGGCACACUCUAUAUGCUCUUCGCCGCCUAUCCAAUUGUCUUCCAAGAAGUCCGCGGCUGGAGCGAAGGCGUCGGCGGUCUCGCCUUCCUCGGCAUCCUUGUCGGUAUGCUCAUGGCCGUGGUAUACACAUUCCCUGAGAACUUCCGCUACGCCAAAAAGUGCAGCCAGACCACCGACCGACUCGCUCCUGAACUAAGAUUACCCCCAAGCAUGGUAGGCGGUAUAGCUCUACCAAUCGGUUUAUUCUGGUUCGCCUGGACCAACUCACCUAGCAUUCACUGGAUGGCCUCAGUCGCAGCAGGCGCCCCCUUCGGUUUCGGUAUGGUCCUCGUCUUCCUUAGCGUGUUCAACUACCUCAUCGAUUCGUACACGAUAUUCUCUGCCUCCGUGCUAGCCGCAAACUCUGCCCUCCGCUCACUGUUCGGCAUGGCCUUCCCGCUUUUCACAACGUAUAUGUACCACAACCUGGGAAUUCACUGGGCCUCGUCGAUCCCGGCUUUCUUGGCGCUUGCGUGCGUGCCCUUCCCGUUCAUCUUCUACAAAUAUGGUGCGCGCAUCAGAAAGCGCUGCAAAUACGCUUCUGAGGCGGAUGCAUUCAUGCGCCGCCUUGCGGAAAGAAACCAGGCAGCUCGCCGUGAACAGCCUGACUUGGAGAAUGAUAAGCAGACAGACUCGGUGGUCCUGGUUCCUGCUGAUGAGGACUCCAGCGAUACUGAUACUUUGUCUGCUGUUUCAUCUCGUGGUACGGUCGCACGUUAUGCGUCCCGCGCGUCUCGGCAGUCAGGGCGGUCUUUACGUCGCAUUGCGACUGCGACACAAUAUGAGGAGAACCCUUACGACUUGGAUCUGGUCAAUACUCGACAUUCGGCUAUUAGCCGCAGGGAUUGA